CUGCUCGGCGGCGGCUAAUAACAACACGGAGCGGAGCGGCAACUUCGCCCUGCUCUUCCGGCCGUACCGCGCUGGUCGUUCAGCUCGCCUCCUUCCCGCUUCUUAUUUUCGCUUUAUUUUUCGUAGAACAAUAACGUCUCCGUAAAGCGCAGAGCGGGCCGGGUCGGGCUACCCCGCCAGCAGUCCUAAGCUGAGGUAGAGCGCGGCACACCGGCAGCCAGCCGAGCCCCGGCUGCGGGAGGGAGGGAGGAAGGAAGGAAGGAAGGAAGGAAGGGAGGGAGGGAGGGGCGGCCCCGCCGCGGCGCCGCAGGCGGGCAUGAUUUGGAGGCGGGCGCCGCGCUGCUGGUGGCGGCGGGCGGCCCCGGGCCCCGCCUGCUCGGCGGCGGGCGGCGGGCGGCCCAUCCUGGACAUGUCGUAUUCCCGGCACUUCCUGGACUUCCAGGGCUCGUCCAUCCCCAGCGCCAUGAAGAAGCUGGUAGUGACAGCGCUCAGCCCCGACUUCCGCCAGGCGGUCACCCUGCGGCGGGACGCGCCCGUGCCGCUGCCCGGCGACGGGGAUCUCCUCGUCCGGAACAGAUUUGUCGGCAUUAAUGCAUCUGACAUAAACUACUCAGCUGGUCGAUAUGACACGUCAGUUAAGCCCCCAUUUGAUGUAGGUUUUGAAGGUGUUGGUGACGUGGUAGCAUUAGGACUCAGUGCCAGUGCCCAUUACUCAGUGGGCCAAGCCGUGGCCUACGUUAAGGCGGGCUCCUUUGCCGAAUACACAGUUGUGCCUGCCAAAGAAGCAGUUCCUCUGCCCUCUGUGAAACCCGAGUUUCUGACUUUGAUGGUAAGUGGCGCUACCGCAUACAUCAGCCUGGAGAAUUUGGGAGGGCUGUCUGAAGGCAAGAAGGUCUUGGUGACAGCAGCGGCUGGAGGGACGGGCCAGUUUGCUGUGCAGCUCGCAAAGAAGGCCAAGUGCCAUGUCAUUGGAACCUGCUCCAGUGAUGAAAAGAGUGGCUUUCUGAAAUCCAUUGGCUGCGACCGUGUCAUCAACUAUAAAACCGAAAACGUUGAAUCUGUUCUGAGGAAGGACUACCCAGAAGGUGUAGAUGUAGUGUACGAGUCUGUUGGUGGGAAGAUGUUUGACUUGGCCGUUAACUCCUUGGCUACCAAGGGGCGCCUGAUAGUUAUUGGGUUUAUCACUGGCUACCAAAGUCCUACUGGCAUCCAGCCUAUUAAAGCAGAGUUCUUGCCAGCAAAACUGUUGAAGAAGUCUGCCAGCGUCCAGGGUUUCUUCCUCAACCAUUACUUUUCCGAGUACAAAAUGGCUCUGCAGCACUUGCUUAAGAUGUAUGAAAAAGGAGAACUAGUUUGUGAGGUGGACCUUGGAGACAUGUCUCCAGAGGGCAAGUUCAUUGGCUUGGAGUCUGUAUUUCGUGCUGUAGAUUACAUGUACAUGGGAAAAAACAUUGGAAAAAUUGUAGUUGAAUUACCUCACUCUGUCAACAGUAAGCUGUAAAAACAGAACAAUGAUAUAAAUCAGAAGAGAGAAAAUGGGCACUUUAUGCUUCAGAAUUACUAGAAACAAAUUCUUUUUUUUUUUUAACUUAGUAAUGGAUAUUAAAUUAAAAAGCAGCAUUAGGGUGUUAAUUAAAAAAAAGUUGAUUUUUUUUUCUCUUUCUUUUCUUGGAAGUGUUUUAACCCAUGGCUGAAGCAUGGACUUAAUGGGCCUGUGUUUCAUGCUGUUGCUUAUGCUAGCAUGAGACAGGAACAUUGUUCUUGACAGAAUAAGUCUUGAUGCAGAGGCAGAUUUAGUCUGUAGAGUAGUUUGAUAAGACUUUAUAUAUAUAGUUCAACUCAGAAUUUUUUUUUUCUUUCAGCAAUUUUGACUCCCUGAUUUAAAAAUAAAAUUGAUAGAACAAGGCUAAAUAAAAGGAGUUGCAUUUUAGGGAAAAAAAAUCAACAACUAUAUUCUUGAUUUUUUUUUUUUUUUUCUCCACUAAACGCAAUAAUUGUAAUUUUGCAUCAUGGAUCACAGUAAUGUUCCUUGACUGUUUACUCAGGGAAAUUUUAAAUUAUUACAUGACAGUAAUAGUGAGAAAACUAAGUUGACUUUUUUUUUUUUUU